CCUCCCAAUCGGCGGCGAAGACAGGAACCAGGAAAAAAAGAAGAAGAGAAAGUCAAUUGAAAAUCAUACAGUACUACAAUAAUGAUAAUGAUAGGAAAUAAAUUAAAUAAUCCUCCAAAAAUUCCACAAACGAAACCUACUUCUCUAUUUUUUUCUCAAAAAAUUCAGGUUCAGACAAAAAUCCCCAUUAGCUGCCAUACUGGAUCACACACACUGCAUUCUUUUCCCAAAAAGAAAAAGCUCUCUAGAAAAGCAAAUCCUCCGCUGGUCCCGACAAUGACCUCCACCGUUUACACCGCCGUAGACACCUAAAGCUAUAACCUUUUUGCAAUAUUAUUGCUAAAGAAAUCGAAGAAAUUGCAAAUUUAAUUAUUUUACUUUUGCUAAAACCUUUUUCCAGCAUUCAAAAAGGAAAGGAGGAAUUAAAAAAAAAUUCUGCAAAUUUUACAUUUUCUAUUUUGGAUUCCUGAAAGAUAGUUAUGGAGACGCCGGAGAAUAAUAGUGGCUACGAAUCGGCGGAGAAAAUAAUCUUACGGUGGGAUUCAACGGCAUCGGAGGAAGGAAGAGAGAGGAUGAUCUUCGGUACGGAUCGUCAAGAAGCUGAUGUUUACCUCCAAGCUGUCGAUGAAAUCCAACGGACAUUAUCCAGCGCAUCAAUCUCAGACUGUUCCCACAAUGUCGACGCCGAUGAUCAGUCAAAAGUCAACACCACAAUCCAGAUCGCCAUGGCUCGUCUCGAAGACGAGUUCCGCAACAUCCUCAUCAUUCACACUUCCGCUUUAGAAAUCGAUUCCCUCUUCGAUUCAUCGACGUCGUUUUCAUCAUCUACUCCCACUCAUCACGAACUCGAAGAUGAUAAAGACUGCAUAAGCGACGAUAGUGGCAGUAGUAGGAACAAUCUCCUUCAGCUUCACCACUGUGAAUCUUCGGAUAGCUCGACUUACCGAACGUCGAGCAGCAUCCGAGAAGUGGAUCUGAUGCCGGCCGAAGCGAUUUGCGAUUUACAAGCGAUUGCGAUGAGGAUGAUUGCGGCUGGGUACUUACGCGAAUGUAUUCAAGUGUACGGCAGCGUGAGGAAAUCGUCCGUUGACUCCAGUUUCAGGAAACUCGGAAUCGAGAAGCUAAGCAUAGGAGAUGUCCAAAGGCUUGAAUGGGAAGCUCUGGAGGGUAAAAUUCGGCGCUGGAUUCGAGCCGCCAGAGUUUGCGUCAGGAUUUUGUUUGCGAGCGAGAAGAAGCUUUGCGAGCAAAUCUUCGAUUGUGUGGGAACGGAUAUUGAUGACGCGUGUUUCAUGGAGACAGUUAAAGGGCCUGCAAUUCAGUUGUUUAACUUCGCAGAAGCCAUAAGUAUAAGUAGGAGAUCUCCUGAAAAGCUUUUCAAGAUACUCGAUUUACACGAUGCUUUGAUGGAGUUAUUGCCUGAUAUUGAGGCGGUUUUCGAUUCGAAAUCAUCGGAUUCAAUUCGAGUUCAGGCUGCCGAGAUUUUGUCCAGGUUAGCUGAGGCCGCCCGGGGGAUUUUAUCUGAAUUUGAAAACGCAGUUUUAAGAGAGCCUUCUAGGGUCCCUGUCCCUGGUGGGACGAUUCACCCUUUGACAAGGUAUGUCAUGAACUACAUCAGUUUAAUAUCUGAUUAUAAACAGACAUUGAUUGACCUUAUAAUGUCGAAACCAUCGACUGGUUCGAGGUAUUCUGGUGAUCCAUCAACCCCGGAUAUGGAGUUUACUGAGUUGGAAGGGAAAACUCCUUUAGCUUUGCAUUUAAUUUGGAUUAUUGUGGUUUUGCAAUUCAAUUUGGAUGGGAAGUCCAAGCAUUACAGAGAUGUAUCUUUGGCACAUCUGUUUAUGAUGAAUAAUGUUCAUUACAUUGUACAGAAGGUUAAAGGGUCACCCGAGUUGAGGGAAAUGACUGGGGAUAAUUGUUUGAGGAAGUUGACUGGGAAGUUUAGGCAGGCCGCCACGAGUUACCAGAGAGCAACCUGGGUCAGUGUUUUGUAUUGUUUGAGAGAUGAAGGGUUGCAUGUGAGUGGGAGUUUUUCUUCUGGGGUGUCCAAGACUGUAUUGAGGGAAAGGUUUAAGACUUUCAAUGCUAUGUUCGAGGAGGUUCAUCGGACUCAAUCCAUGUGGUUGAUACCCGAUGGUCAGCUUAGGGAGGAACUAAGGAUUUCUAUAUCCGAGAAGUUGCUGCCAGCAUAUCGGUCAUUUCUGGGGCGGUUCAGGAGCCAUAUAGAGAGUGGGAAACACCCUGAGAAUUACAUCAAGUAUUCAGCUGAAGACUUGGAAACUGCUGUGUUGGAUUUCUUCGAGGGAUACCCUGCGUCCUAGCACUUGAUCAUGGAUGCUUUGUAGAAACUAGGAGACAUUCUUUCAAUUCUUUUGUGGAGGGUAUUCGGGUGAUGGUGGUGCUGGUAAAUCUGUGGCUGCCUUGAGCUCUCCAAUUUGUUUAACAAUUGUUGAUCGAAUCAUUUCCACUGUUGAGGAAGCAACAAAGAUCAGGUGUUAGCAUUCCAGAAUAGCCAGGCCUCCUGGAACCUGAAUGCUUUCUGCACCGUCAGCAUUAUGUUGGUGUUUUUUUUUUCAUUUAACCCCAUUCUAAAUUUUGUUCCAUUUGUUCAUAUGGUUAUUGUUGUAUUUGAAACUUGUAAUUCUGUACGUGUUUUAAUGAUAUGAGAAGCAUUUUGCCCCCUGUUCA